CAGGGUGUGUGUGCUGAAGCUCCGCCCACCGCUGACCGCUCUUCAAUCCGCGUCAAAGCGGCGCGCGUCAGCAGCAGCAGCAGCGGCGCGUCAUGGCGAACAUCUGCGGCACUUCACUCUUCAUCGCGCUGUUUCUGGCGAUCCUGAACACUUCAGCAUCUGAAGGACAACAGAGCAAAAUCAUACAGAAGAGAAAUUGGAUUAUCCCAGCACACAAACUGAUGGAAAAUAAAAAUUAUAUGGAUAAGGAAUAUGUAGCCAAAAUUCGUUCAGAUGAGGAGACCAAGACAAGGAUAUAUUAUUCACUGACUGGAUCAGGUGCUGACCAGCCACCCGUCGACUUGUUCAUUGUUGAUAAAAACACCGGCUUGGUCAAGAUCCGCGGAGUCUUGGACAGAGAGAAAACUCCUGUUUAUUACCUUCGAGGGGUGGCCACGUUUCUGGAUGGAGGAAAGGCUGAGACUGAUAUUGAUUUGAAAAUCGUGGUGGAGGAUGAGAACGAUAAUGCUCCUGUGUUUAACCUGACAACCGGAGCUGUGUAUGAGCGGAGAGAAAGAGACACGUUUGCAGUGAAGAUCACAGCAACAGAUGCAGAUCAGGAAGAAACUCUGCAUUCAAAAAUCGCCUACAGCAUUGUUAAACAGGAUCCCGAAGACAUGUUCUACAUCGAUCGAGAGACCGGUGGGAUAUACGUCAUGCACGACACGCUUGACAGAGAGAAACAUGACACAUACACAUUGGUUAUUAAAGGGACUGAUAUGAACGGAGCUGUGAAUGGAAAUACAGGGACAGGGACAGCUAUCAUCAAGAUUCUUGAUGUCAAUGACAACAUCCCUACUUUGAAGGAAAACUCUCAUGAGUACAGUGUGGAGGAAAACACUCGAAACGUGGAAGUGGUGAGAAUUCCAGUGGAGGACGAUGAUCUAUCUCCUGAAAAUCGACUGGCCGUCUUUACAAUCGAGUCAGGAAACGAAGCCGGUUAUUUCUCCAUAAGCACAGACAACAAGACCAAUGAAGGCAUCCUGAUUCUCAAUAAGGAGCUGGACUAUGAAGAGCUGAAGGAAAUCCACAUAGAAGUGUCUGUUGCUAACCUGGCAGAGUAUCACCCUUCAGUCAAAACAGAGAGACAGAUGUACAUCAUCCACAUCAGGGUGAUCAACCAGCCUGAGGGCCCUCGCUUCAAACCCGCCGUCAAAGUCAUCACCAUCUCUGAAGAAAGCUCCAGCAUUACUUUAAAAGAAGUGAUAACAAAUUACGCAGCUAUAGACAGCGACACGCUAUUACCUGCUAAAAACGUGAAGUAUGCAAAAGGACAAGAUGUUGACAACUGGCUGAAUAUAAAUGAGUUGACGGGUGAUAUAAAACUCAAUAAAAUACCAGAUUAUGAGUCCAAGUUUCUGAUCAAUGGCACAUAUUAUGCUAAAAUAAUCUGCAUCACUAAUGAUUCUCCGUCUAAAACUGCAACAGGAACCAUUGCCAUUCAAGUAAAGGACUUUAAUGACCACUGUCCUGUGCUGAGCCAUCAGUCUCAAACACUGUGUUAUGAGGAUCACGUAGUUUAUGUCACGGCUGUGGACGAAGAUCAGUUCCCCAAUAGUUCGCCAUUUGUUUUCAACAUAACCACAAAGGAAUGGAACAUCGAACCUCUCAAUGACACUACAGUGAUAUUCAGAUCUCCACAAACCCUGUGGCCUGGCGUGUACCAUGUGUUUGUAGACGUGAAGGACCAGCAGGGGAAGAUCUGUGCUGGUCAGGAACUUCAGGUAAACGUCUGCAUGUGUGACGCUACUAAAGUUUGCCUGCCCAGAAAAAACGUCUCUACGUUUGGAGCAUCUGGUGUUCUUCUGAUGCUGCUGGGACUGCUGCUGCUGCUCUUGGUGCCACUUCUUCUGCUCUUCUGUCUCUGUGGCGGCGUAGAAGCUGUUGGAGAUUUCAAGACUAUUCCGUUUGAAACUAAAGACUACCUUAUCUGUUAUAAUACUGAAGGACAGGGGGAGGACAUGGUAUGUAACAUGGCAAUGGCUCACUUACAGAUGUCAAGGCAGCUGGGUAAAAGAAAGUACAGUCAGGUGGAUGCUGUAGGAGGGGCUUGGAUGUGGGGUGGAGUAAAAGAUGGUGGAUUUGGAGCAGAAAACUCACACGGGAGCUCUUUCUGCCAAUAUGACCAGCAUGAGAGUGCACAUUAUCACCACAGGAAUCAGACUGAUGGACAGUACAUGUUUGGACAAAGAAAAGAUGAACACAGCAGAUUUGAAGACUACACUUUUGAUGGGCUUGCACUGUCUGAUGCUUUCUUAGGCAACUACUAUUCUCAAAAAGCAAGUCAUUUAGCCAAGAAGCAAGAUAAGAGAGACUAUCUGAAGGUCUAUGACUAUGAGGGUCAGGAAUCAUUCAAGGGCUCAUUUGAGGACAUCUGCGAUCUCCUACACGAAGACAACGACUUUUCUUUUCUUGAUGACAUUAACUUGAAGUUCAAGACCCUGGCUGAGAUCUGCAGUGGUUCUACAAUAAAGGCUGAAAUCAGCACAAGCGUCCCUGUUACCUCUAAACCAGUCCUGACCACCACACACGAAGAUGUCAGCGUACAAAGGACAAUUAUUAAUUCACAGUCUCAAGAGAAAGCAAAGUUAUCCUCCAUCAUACACACCGCAGGAGCGCAGCAGACCAGCAGCAUGUCUUCAGCAGGAGUCUAUGUCCAGGAGAAGGUGGUGGUUCCUAACCAAACCCUGUUAGCCCAGCAACCUGGGAUGUACUACACCCACACCACCCCCAUUUAUGUGGUGGAUGCCCAGCGUACUAUGUUGGUGACACCCAGCCCAGUCCUAGGCCAUCAGGAGAACAUGUUAGUGGAGGAGCGGAAGGGCUCUGGUGCUUCCCAACAUGGAAAUGCCACACGUGAAACACAGCACUACCAGAGUGUAGUUAUGUUUGAGAAGCAGCCAACAAAAGGGUCUAUGCAAACCCAAAGCAGUGUCUCUGGAGCGGCCCAGAUCGUAAACACUGAAAUAAUGCAGUCUACGGAGUCUCAUGAUUUUAGACGAUCCAUCCAUCCGUCCAGAGGGAUAAUGACAGGAGCGGUCAGAGAGACGGACGUUUUAGCUUCGUUGGAUAUGAGGGUUCCUCAGCGUCUGUAAGCACCGAUGCUAAAUUUCACAGCUGAUACCGAUAACCGAUUAUUCAGAAUGCCGUCUGCCGAUACCAAUGUUUAAAGGUCCACUGAAGUGCUUUGAAAUGUGCAGAGUUAUUCUUUGUGUUGACAUAAUUUCAACUGAAACAGGAAGAUAUGGUGGGACAUAUUGAGCAGCUCCGCCCCCUUUUUUAAAC